CGGAAGUUGUAAUUAUUUUCUUUUGGAAAUAUUGAAAAGUUACAAAAUUACAGACUCUUCAUGAUUGUAACAAGGAAUUAAUGGUGUUGAAUGUUUCAAAGACAAAUUGAAUUUAUUUUCUCAACAUGGAAUAUCCUAAAAUAGGAAUUGUAGCAGUUAUUAUUGCUAUCAUUGCAGGACUAUGUUUAUUGAAAGUUGAACAUUCAACAGAGCAUUCAAUUUUUAUUGAAGCAAGUCCCAAAGAUGUUUUUGAGUUUGUUUAUGACCACAGGAACAUGCCUAAGAUUCAUCCAUUUCUUAUAUCAUGUGAAGCCUCAAAUUACUGGACGAGUCCAGAUGGAAAGGAAGAAAAUGCUAAAUGGACCAUGCUUGAAAGGGUUCCUGGUUUGGAUUGGAUGGAUAAUUCAUUUGAUGCAUAUGUCACUGCGGACAGGAAUGAUAUGCUAAUAGCUUUCAGAUAUAGUAUAUACUACUUAAUUAAAGGGCAUUUUCUCUGGAGCUUUGAGGCAAUUGAGGCCCAUAGGUCAGAUCAAGGUAUUGCAGGAACAAUUGUAAAACAAGCAGGAGACUUAAAAAUAGCUAGAAU